AUGAGCACAGACCAAAAAAUUGUGAAUAAGUUGAAGAGGGCGAUGGUGGGAGAGGCCCCCGAGUUCAAAAACGCGGCUGAGGAAGGCAUUAAAGAAAAAAAGAAAUAUAUGGUAUGGGAGCGGGCCAAUCCUGGCCUGGCUGCCGCCCGGCCCACAGCAUUCGAGAAAAUGGAUGCAAAAAUAAAAAGACUGAGGAAGAAUGAAGGAAAGAAAGUCGUCGAGGAACAGAGAGCUGGAGUGGAACAGGAGUCGUAUCUCCAUUUACUGGCCAUGAUGUCCAAGGUCGUGGAGGUAGAGGAACAUCUCCCACCAAGAGGAGCUGGCCCAUCUUCAUCAACCGCCGCCGCAACGGCUUCACCAACUGCCCCACCCGGUGCAAUGGCCGGUCCAUCGGCGAAGGUUGCCAAACUUCAGUAG